CUUGAUGGCGUUGCGCGGAGGACAGAUGCAGGUGUUCCACUGUCUUAAUUAAACGAAAACAACCCCCCGCCCAUGUGGAAAUCGAUCAGCGCUCACGACCUGCAACACUGGAAAAACACACCAGGAUUUCAUCAAAGAGACAAAUUACGCUAAUAACUAUGAACAGCAGUGGACCAACCUACCCCCUCGCCUCUUUGUAUGUCGGGGAUCUGCAUCCAGAUGUGACGGAGGCCAUGCUGUACCAGAAGUUUUCUCCCGCUGGACCCAUCAUGUCAAUCCGUGUGUGCCGUGACAUCAUCACCCGCAGAUCCCUGGGAUAUGCCUACAUUAACUUCCAGCAACCAGCAGAUGCUGAGUGUGCCCUCGAUACCAUGAACUACGAUGUUAUCAAGGGCAGGCCUAUCCGGAUAAUGUGGUCCCAGCGUGACCCAGGACUCAGGAAGUCUGGUGUGGGAAACAUCUUUAUCAAGAACAUGGACGAAUCUAUUGACAACAAGGCGCUGUAUGACACCUUCUCAGCCUUUGGAAAUAUCUUGUCCUGCAAGGUCGUAUGUGAUGAAAAAGGAUCCAAAGGCUAUGGCUUUGUUCACUUUGAGACACAGGAGGCAGCAAACCGUGCCAUUGACACCAUGAAUGGGAUGCUGCUGAAUGAUAGGAAAGUUAAAAAGACAGGUUUUCAUUUGGAAUCUGGCAUUGUCAAGCCAAAGGCCUGUGCCCUGGGGAAAAAAUGUCAGUUGUCCCUGUUUAGUUUUGUUGGCCACUUCAAGUCCCGCAAAGAAAGAGAGGUUGAGUUUGGCACCAAAGCUAUGAAGUUCACCAACGUCUACAUCAAAAACUUUGGUGAAGACUACUCUGAUGAGAAACUCAAGGAUGUCUUUUCUUCAUUCGGAAGGACUCUGAGCGUGCGUGUGAUGAAGGAUGAGAGGGGACGUUCACGAGGAUUCGGCUUUGUAAACUACGCUAGCCACGAGGAUGCUCAGAAGGCUGUUGAGGAAAUGAAUGGGAAGGAGAUCAAUGGAAAAGUCAUUUAUGUGGGUCGGGCUCAGAAGCGUUUGGAGCGUCAGGGAGAACUCAAGCGAAAGUUUGACCAGAUCAAACAGGACCGCAUUCAGCGCUAUCAGGGGGUGAAUCUGUAUGUGAAGAACCUGGAUGAUGGCAUAGAUGAUGAGAGACUCAGGAAGGAGUUUGCCCCUUAUGGUACCAUCACUAGUGCCAAGGUCAUGACUGAUGGCCCCCAAAGCAAAGGCUUUGGCUUUGUCUGCUUCUCCUCACCUGAGGAGGCGACUAAAGCAGUCACUGAAAUGAAUGGGAGGAUUGUCGCCACUAAGCCGUUGUAUGUGGCUCUGGCUCAGAGGAGGGAGGAGCGUAAAGCCAUCCUAACCAAUAAAUACAUGCAGAGACUUGCUACCUUGAGGACCAUGACGAGUCCCGUCAUUGACUCGUAUCAUCAGGGUGGAUACUACAUGACUGUACCACAGCCUCCUACUCGCUCCUUCUACAACCACAGCGCUGUCAGCAAUAUGAGACCAGUACCUCGAUGGACAGGACAGCCUCCCAGAGUGCAGGGACCCUACCCAGCUCAGUAUCCUGGUACUCAGGCUCCCCGUCACGGGUCGACUCCUAUCGCCACAGUCAGACAAGCUUCCACUCAGGCUCCUCGCGUCAUUAGCUCCACGCAAAAGACAAGUAACAUUGGGACCCAGACUGUAGGAGGACGUACUGACGUGCCUGUUGUGACCAGAAGCGGACAGUACAAGUACUCGUCUGCGGUGAGAAAUGCCCAGCAUGUUGUUCCUGUACCUGCACCCAGACAGGUCAUUCCUACUCCUGCACUGGAGCCGAAGGUUCACAUUCAAGGUCAAGAGCCGCUCACCGCCUCACUGCUUGCUGCAGCUCCACCCAUGGAUCAGAAACAGCUUCUUGGAGAGCGACUGUACCCACUUAUCCAUACCCUUCAUCCAAACUUGGCUGGAAAAAUCACCGGGAUGCUGCUGGAGAUCGACAACUCUGAGCUGCUGCAUAUGCUGGAGUCACCAGAGUCACUGCACGCUAAGGUGGAAGAGGCGAUUGCCGUCCUACAGGCUCACCAGGUGAAGGAUUGUUCUCCUAAGAAGUGAAGAGCCCUUUCAGAUGCCAGCAAUUAUCUGAAGGAGGAUAAAAAGAAAAAAAAAGGAAAAUAUUUUGGGGACAAAAAGAAAAAAAUUUGUAUGUUUGAUCAAAAUGAAAGAAGAGAUUUGUGAAGUUAAAGCUAUUUUGUUGUUCUGCGAUGUUUUGUUAGAUAAAAGUUAAAGUAUAUGCAUUAAA